AGCCGUUUGUGGCUCAAGCCAUUUCGGUCCAAGACUGUUGCCCCGCCUCCCCGUGCUGCAUCGCCACGUCGAGGCCCAGACUCGCAGGCAUGGCCCGCUCCGGCUCGGUGCUCCUCGCCUGCGCCCUCGCAGCGGCCGCGCUGGCGUGCCUCGGCCUGCAGUCCUCGUCGUUUGUCGGCGCGUCGCGGGCCCGGGGGCUGCGCUCCUCGGCCCCGUCGGUCGAGAGGGCGGGCUACGGCGGGGCGCCAGGCGGCAAGCCCUUCUGGGCCCAGUGGGAGAAGGGGGACUACUACCUGAAGCCUCCUCCGGGCACCCUGCAGGGCUUCGAGUACGGGCGGAACCAGCUGGCGGAUGGGCGCACCGCGGGGGAUGAGAAGAAGACCAGCAGCGGGGGAUCCGACAUCUCGAUCGUGGUUCUUCUGACCGUCUUCUUCUUCGCCUCGGUCUACGCGAACGACAGCGGCUUCUUCAACCCCUGAGCAGGCCCCCUCGUCGAGCUGACCGUGAGUGCCCCCCCCCCCUCCGGCGCUGACAUUUUUAAGGCCCCCCGCGGGCUCCAAGAUUAGGAUUGUGGCGCUGGCGUCUGUUUCUCGAUCAAGUCGCCCACCGAUGCUCAUCGGCGGGUCCGAUCGGCAUCGGACUUGUCGUUGCGGCUGCGCCUCUGAUCAACAAAGCAGGUGCAUGUGUACAUGGGCGGCUGGAUGGGCUUGUGUCGUAUGGGUGCUAGCGAUGAGAAUCGAUGGAUG